AUGGAAUUAGAGCAUAAAGUAUAUUGGGCAAUCAAGGUGAUGAAUUUUGACUUGAGCAAAUCAGGAGAACAAAGAAUGUUACAUCUCAACGAGCUAGAUGAAUGGAGAAUGAAAGCAUUUGAGAAUGCAAAGAUCUAUAAGGAAAGAAUUCGGAAGUGGCAUGACAAGUAUAUUAAGAAUCUGAAAGAGUUCAAAGUGGGCAAUCAGGUGUUACUAUUCAACUCUCGUUUACGGUUAUUUCCCGGGAAGCUCAUGUCUAGAUGGUUUGACCCUUAUACAGUAACCGAAGUUUCAUCUCAUGGAGCUGUUGAGAUUACCCAUCGGGAGAAGGGUACAUUCAAGGUGAAUGGACACAGACUGAAACCAUACUAUGGAGGGGAGGUUGGUAAUGACGUCAAGGAAGUAGUUUUCCUUCAUAAGCCCCCGUGA